ACAGUGUGCAGGAGAGAAAGGGGGGGCUUGUCAAUGACUGCAAGCCUCUCCAGACAGCUGUGAGCAGGCGGAGCGUUGGAAGAAUCCGUCUUUCUGAUGCCUUGUCUUCUCGAUGCUGUAUCUCUGCCUCCAGGGCGAUCGGAAACCGCUCUCCUCCUCACCUCGGGGGUUUAUUUUAAACAAGUCGCUCGCAUUGCAACAAACGCAGGCGCCGACCUCCACUAGCCGAGGGCUGGAUUGAUAAUUGGUAGACCCAGGUCGAGGGAGGACUACCUUGAACGCAUAUAAACAUGGGCACGGUGUUGUCCCUUUCCCCCGGUUCGCGGAGGUCUGCUCUAUUCGAGGACGCUCCAGACUCCAAGUCCAUGGGUUAUCAUGCCAUCCACAGCGAUAGCAACAGAGGCAGCGAGCAGAAGGGCUUGAAGCGCCACUCCAUGUUCAUCCCGGCUUUGACUUGGAAGCGCCUGGUGGCUUCCACCAAGAGGAAGGGCUCUCGCAAGCCCGACCCCAGCAACUACCAGCAGAAGAAGAAGGAGGUGGUGGACCUCAACAGCGAGAACGUGAAGAAGUCCCUCUCCUGCGCCAAUCUCUCCAGCUACGAGCUCCAGCUGCCCGCCGACUCCCUGGCCUCCAAGAAGCUCUCGACCAUCAGGAAGAUCUCCUCCCACAGCGGCGGGGUUGGGUCCCCCAAGCGGGUGAUAGUGCAGGCUUCCACCAGCGAGCUGCUGAAGUGUCUGGGCGAGUUCCUCUGCCAGCGUUGCUACAGGGUCAAGCACUUGUCCCCCACCGACCCCGUCUUGUGGCUGCGCAGCGUGGACCGCUCCCUCUUGCUCCAAGGUUGGCAGGACCAAGCCUUCGUCACCCCGGCCAACGUGGUCUUCGUCUACCUGCUGUGCCGAGAUGUGAUCGACGGAGACCAGGUGGCCACCGAGCACGCCUUGCAGGCCACCCUCUUGACCUGCCUGUACCUGUCCUACUCCUACAUGGGCAACGAGAUCUCCUACCCGCUCAAGCCCUUCCUGGUGGAGAGCGCCAAGGAUGUCUUCUGGGACCGGUGCCUUCGCAUCAUCAACGCCAUGAGCGGCAAGAUGCUACAAAUCAACGCCGACCCUCACUACUUUACCCAGGUCUUCGCCGACUUGAAGAACGAGGGGAGUCGCGAUGGCUUCAGCAGGGUUUCCAUAACUCUCGACCGGUGACUGGCAGAGGAGGGAGGACGAGGAAGAGGGGAGACCAUUUCCUCAUUUGCCAGUGUGGUAACUCGCCAGGGGAAGAUAUUCUGGUGUCUUUAAAAACAAGUUGGCCAACGAGUUUAGCUGGAAACAAGAGGGGUUUGCUGGUGUCUUUUAAACAAGUUAGCCUGCCCCCCUCUAUCCGCUUUGUACAGGAAGCUGUUGUGGUCUCUUUAACGUUGGCGUUCCAACACAUUGAGGACAAAGUGCUGGUGAGACCUUUGCAAUAUUGGGCACCAAAUGGUAGAGGUUACAAUUGCAGUUUCGACAUUGGGAAUAUUGGGCACACAAUUCUAGAGUAACAAUUGCAGUUCCUUAUGUCUGCAUUGGAGGUAUUGGGCACCGAUUCUAGAGUAACAAUUGCAGUUGGUCUCGACAUUUGUGAACAUUGGACACACAAUUCUGGAGUAACAAUUCCCAAUUCCUUGUGUCUGUAUUGGAGAUAUUGGGCACCAAAUGCUAGAGUAACAAUUGCAGUUUCUCGUCUUGAUAUUGGGCACACAAUUCUGGAGUUACAAUUGCCAAUUCCUUGUAUCUACCUAAAAAAAUGUUGAGCAUUGUUUGUGAAGGGGAAAAUGAUUUUCAUUUUUCCUUUUUUUUUGUAUGAGAAAGAGGUUGAAUUGCAAAGAGUUAAAAAUGGGUAUCUAUCUGUGCAGUGCUGUUCCACCUUUUUGUAUGGGGACCCAUAGGUGUUUAUCUCUGCACUCUGUGGACCUGCCCCUUGUUUUUUUUUAAAGGGUAGAAAGAAGAUGGCAUGUCUCAUCUCCAUUUUUGAAGAGAGGAUCAGUUAAUUUGAAUGGGAACAUUAAAAUGAUUGUACACAGUUAAUUGUAUUUUUUUUUUUAACAUGCAUGGAAAUUGCACAACAAGGCAUCCAAGG